AUGGCAAAGAUGAGACAAGUUUUAAAUAUUUACAAUAACCGUAAACAAAAAGGUUUGGGAAACCACUCCCCCGAAGAAAUGAAAAACAACCCCGACUUAGAGAAAGACUAUAUAUUUAAUAGUUUAGUCAAAAGAGACAAACAAGAAAGAAUGCCAGGCUUCAAACUUAAGAAAGGUGACAAAGUAAAAAUAGAAAUACCUAAACGCGACCCAUAUGAAAAUACUAUUGACUAUGACAACAAUGGGAACUCGACAGGUACUCGCAUUCGUGUUCGUAAAAAUAGAAGAAAGUAUACAAGAGAAUAUUAUGAAGUUUUAGGCAAACAUGGCAAAAUGUACAGACUGCAAGCAGAAGAUAAAACUACUAUUGUCAGACCUCGUUUCAAACUUGUCAAAGUUCAAGGUGGUAUACUUUCAAAGACAGUUCCUAACAAAUAUAAGACAACUCCUGACGAAUAUGCUAAAGAAGUUGAAAAUGACGACUAA